AUUUUAAUUACGUGAGCGAACAUUGGAUAGUGGAACGUCCGCGCUUAUUUGGGAGUGGUAAUGCGCCGAACCAAUCUACUGCGUUCCCGUGAUCAUUGACUUCGGCCAUUGGUCUAUCCUUUGUCAACCAAUCAUUGAAAAACCAGUGAGGAGACCCAAUUGAGCCAUGGAGCACGCUCAGAUCCAGAGCUCGGACGGUACUCAGGUGAUGACCAUCAACGGUCAGCAGCUGCAGGUGCUGCAGAUGAACAGCGCCGGUCCGCACAUGAUCCAGGGGCCCAAUGGACAGCAGAUUGUCGUCCACGCUAUACCAACCACGGCACCUACUAUUCAGAUGGCAACACCCAAUGGACAGCAACUCCAGCAAUUACAGGUCCUACCUCUGUCCAGCCUUCAAGGCACAAGUAACAACAUCCAACCCAUGCAGCUGGUGCAAACAGCCGACGGGCAGACAUUCAUCUACCAGCCGACUGCCAGCGCUCCUCAGCCUGCCAUCGACCAGCAUCAGAUCAUCCAUCAACCUGCUGUGAUCAACUUAAAUGGUAACCUGGUGCAAGUAGCGAAUGUCGGCAACGCGGUGCAGCAACAGCAAAUUGUCAACCAGCCCAACAUCGUGAUGAUGGUAAACAACAACAACAACAACACCAACACCGGAGCCAGCACAUCAUCAGCGCCGUCGGAGAGCGCAGCAUCAGACGAGGAGCCGCUCCUGUACGUGAACGCGCGCCAGUACAAGCGCAUCCUGAAGCGCCGCGCCGCCAGAGCCAAGCUGCACGAGAUGGGCAAGAUACCCAAGGAGAGGCCGAAAUAUCUACACGAGUCCAGGCACAGGCACGCAAUGAAUCGAAUACGCGGCGAGGGUGGCAGGUUCCAUUCCGGCAGUAGGAAGAAUAUGGAGAUGGCGGAGCAGGGCUCCGAGGAGGAGCACAAGCCUCUGGAAGACAUCAAACCGGACACCGUAUCUAUCACCAUUAUUCAGGACGAAGAAUCCCAAGAGCGCCAGCGGAGUCACUGGCGGCGCCUCGCGCCACACCAACCCGUGCCUUCUGCGUAGCGGCCGACACGUGCACGCUGAGACUGAACUAGGCCGAGCCGGUCGCUUACUUUAGUUACACGACGAAACGUUCCAUGUUAGCGCACCGGCCGAAAACUUAUGGGGAAGACCGCUAUACAUAUCCAGUUGGUUGGUGAGUUAUGAUUUACUAUGGUUAACCUUUCCAACACCGCGCCAUCAUGAACCUUGCUGGAAUGCACGAAGGUUGAAAUUGGACUGUAACCGCGCGCGUCUGUUGACGUCUUCGGCUACAAGAGCACCUAAAGUGAUCAUAAGGAGUGCUGGCAGCGCCAAGAACAUUUAUAUUGUUACGGCGUAUGCUGUCAAUGUAACCUACAUAUUUUCUCGUAAAGUUUAUAUCGGCCCAACUUUGCCGAUAAUGUUGGCGUGUGAGUUAGGACGUAAGGCAUUAAAAGGGUCAAAGGUUUCCUAAACUAAGCUAGCCUUCUAUUAAAAAACCACCGCGUAACUACACCAACCGACUCGAGUUAAGUGAAUGGCGGUGAUUAUAGAUGUCGCUUUCGACGAUAGUUCCUUUUUAUGUAGGGACAGUCAAUUUGACAGAUGCCUUUCCCAUUGUUCGUGUUUAAUUUAUUAAUAUUAAUUUAUUGGAAAUCUUACCGCUGCCAGGCUUUUUUAUGUCAGCUACAUAAAUAAUUGGUUUAUAACAGAAUGGACAAUAGAUUAUACGUGGGUCGAUCAACUAUUUCUUGUUGUUAUUCUGUCCCAUCAGCCAGGAGACAAUUGUGGUGUAGUUUGUUAGAACAACGGCCGUACCAUGUUCUACAAACAUUCUUAGUAGAUGUCCCAUUGUGGAAAAGCCAACUAUCAAAGAAAUUCAAGUUUGGUUCAUUUAAAUACGAAAAAACUAGUCAUUUAAGAGUGACCCAGGAGAUCGUAACCAUGGCAACGAGUGACAAGAAAAAGUUGAUUCACCCACCUAUAAAUUGAUGGGUAGGUAUGUUAUCGCUUUUAAGAUAAAAGGCUCGAUCGAGGCGAGACAUAUAAUGAUAUAAUGCAUUUGCGUUAAGAUUAUAUGUGCGAUCUAGACUGAUUAAAAUCAUUUAUUUAGCAUCUUUAUUGUCAAAUUGUGCCUCCUAUUAAUUUAAUUAAUUAAUUUAAUGUGGGGUCGAUUUAAAGCAAAAUGUAACUAAUAUAAGUUGUCACUAAGGCAUUACUUCCAUAAGAAUGCAAUCAGAACUCGCCCUUAUCGACAACGUUUAGAGUAUUUAAGUAGCUGACAAAAUUAAUCAUGUUUUGUAAACAAGUACUGCGGAGCAAAGCUCCUUUCAGCAGUGAGAUACAUUUUAUGUUUUUGAAAAUAUCGUACCGUGUGUAAAGGCCUUUAAAGGCUGUUUGACAUUAAAUCUAAGUAUUGUUGAUUUUUAUUUACUGUUUAAAAUAUCCGUUAGUAAAAAUAGAUUAGGCAAAUAAAAUCGAAGUUUCUAGGUAUUAGCAUUAGAUAGACUAAAAAAUCUUGGUGAUCUAAAUAAUUCUAAAAUUACUACAACACUGCCCGUAAAAAUAGACGACAAAUAAUAAUGAUAGCUCCGUAUUGGUUAAUAAUUUUACCGCUUAGACUGUCUAAUGGGUCGAUCAACUAUUUCUUGUUAUUCUGUCCCAUCAGCCAGGAGACAAUAGUAGCAUAGUUUUUUAGAAGAGAUGCUGUACCAUGUUCUACAAACGGGCUUAGUAGAUGUCCCAUUAUGGAAAGGCCUUAUAACUACCAAAAAAUUCAAGUUUGGUUCAUUUAAAUACAAAAUAACUAGUAUUUUAAGAGUGACGCAGGAGACCGUAACCAUGGCAACUAGUGAAAAGAAAAAGCUGAUUCACGCCUAUAUUAUUGGAUCUCAAUCCGUAUUUGGGUGGACCAAUUUCUUUUUUUCGUUAUUCUGUCCCGUUAGCCAGGCGACAAUAGUAGCAUAGUUUAUUAGACGAAAUGUUAUGUGUACUACGUUCUACUAUUAUGUGACCACCCAAAUCAAAAGGGACCUUAUGGCGGUCGGCGCUUACGUCGCGUAGUGCCGCAUUAGUAAUGGCGUAAGGGCCGACCACCAUAUAAGACCCUUUUGAUAUGGAUCGUAAGAUAUACUAAGUAUAGAUGACCCUUUAUGGAAAUGGCUUAAAAACGCCAUGAAAACAUGUUUGUUUAUUAUUUUUUUCUUAGCCUAUUUGUGUGUCCCACUACUGGGCAAAUUUUAAAUACAAUAAAAUCAGGGUUUUCAGAGUGACCCAGGCGACCGUAACCAUGGCAACGGGAAACAAGAAAAAGUUGAUUCACCCAGCAACAUGCUUAAGAUUACGCGUUUAAAACCCAUAGUCUAAUAAAACAUGGUUUUCUCUUCCCAGAUUGACACAAGCCUACGUCACAAUAACAUUGCCACUUUAUAUAGCGCUAUCGCAUAUUAUCAUAUAGCGCUGUCGCAUGAUGACGUAGGCUUGUGUCAUUCACGUGACCACUAAAAGGCGGGAAGAGAGUACCAGGCGGAGCAUAUUAUUAUACCAUGUUUAAAACCCUUUACCAAGCUGAUAUUUCAAAAAUGACAAUCGAAUGUCAGGCUUACUCAUCGAAAAUGGGACACAUGUUUGAAGUGCCGUAUGUCGGAGAGUGUGUAUUGUCGUCUCUUCUUGAAAUAUAGUGGGAAAUUAUGCGAAUGAUUAGAAAACCUAUUAGAAAAUUAAGCUCUCUCUCUCUCUCCUCAGCAUUAUUAUUCCCAUCUGAUUGUGGGGUCUGCUUUUCUGAUCUUUUCUCUCCACUUCGCGCGAUCGGACGUGUCGUCUACUGAAACGUCGCAGGCCCUCAUGUCUUAUUAUGUAUUAGAAAAUUAAGCUAUGGGAAAAUUAAAAUAAUGGGAAAAUAUGCGAAUGGUUAAAUAUUAUUUCGGAAAAGGAAGCUAUCGAGUAAAAGUAAAAUGGUAAAAAAUGCGAAUAACAAAAAUAUAAAUCUGGAAAAAACUAUUUUCGGAAGAGACAGUAAACACUCGUGUCGGAAAUAUAUAUCCCUUAGCCUGGUAAAGGUUUAGAGCGAUAACUCACAUACCAUAAUCGAUGUUAAACUAGUAAUGGCUAGAGUAGGUUGAUAAUUACAAUAUUGUCUAAUUUGUGGCAAGAUUAGGCCACAAUCAGCGUUUUGAACUAUCGUACAUGAGGCUUUUUAGGCAUCACGUUUGUUUGUUUAUAUUUUUAAAUAUUGCUGGCAAUUUAAUGAUAUUUUGCGUGAAAUUGUUAAAUUAUUGUUUUAAAAUUGAUUAAUAUUAUUAUGUGAAGAGCAGAUAUAAUAAGUUUUAAGAUUUCUCAGCAAUGAUAUUCCAUGAAAUAUUGGUCAGCAGAUUUUGCGUUAGCUUUAUAUUUUUGGUGAUAAUGUUUUAUAAAAUAUGGGGAUCGGUCCAAAUAAAAAAGCAAAUACUGAGAAUAAAGCAAACGUUCACUUGUUUAUGAGCUUUCAAUGAUUUUUAGCAAAGAGUAAUUGACAAUAGGCAAUUAUCGAUUGUAGUCCAUAUUGUAGGCAAUAAUCGUUUACCUUAUCUGUCAUUUUGAGAUGUGUUUGUUAGAAAGAGACAACAGGUUAAUAAAUAGGGGGGGGGGGGGGUAUGAAAGUAACUGGCAAUCCGAUCAAUCCGAUCCCCUGGGCUAACCAUAAAGGCUGAUUUAGACGGCGCGCGAACUCGUAUGCGAUUUUAGUUACAUUAAGGACUAUUGGUUACGUAUCUACCAAACAAAUACCGCAAUUUAAUGAAACUCGCAUGCGAGUUCUCACACCGUCUAUGAGCCUUAAGGUUCAAGUUUCACGCAAGCAAUGUUAUAUUGCUUGUUUUUUGUUGAGCAUCACAGUUAGAUAUUAUUUGGAUGAAACAUUGUGUUGUUAGCCGUACCUUUAAGAUAAUGAAGACGUAACGCCGUUUGGCGGUCACCAUAUUUUUAACUUCCAUUAUUUUUGUAUUUAUAACAGUCCAGUGCCAUGUUUAUCAAAAGUUUGUAACUUGUAAUACAAGUGGAAGUCCCUUUCUAACAAAAGUUGUCAAAAAGGGACUUCCACUUGUAUUACAAGCUUUUGAUAAACAGGGCACAUAUCUUGACUUGUAACUUAUAGGUACUUUUUGUGGCAGGAUUUGUCGAAUCUUGCUGUACAUCUUAACAAACACAAGGGUAUCAACAAUGUCUAACAAAAUACCCUACAUUCUACAGAUAUAGUGCAUAAUUAUUUUACAUCGUUUUUUCACGGAAACGUACGAACGUGUCUUGCUAUUUUAGUCGGUCUCGGUACAAAAAGGACUGAAGUUGACUUUAAUAGCAUGACAAAUAUGAACGUUUUUGAGAAAAUACGAUGGAAAACAAUUAUGUACAACAUCAGUACAGAAUGUAGUGCCAAUAUCACAAUUCACUCAUGUCUUUGCUAAUUUUUGUACUUAUUUCGUUUAUAGCAAAUCUAAAUCCAAAGAUAAUUUUAACAGACUUGUUGGUGUAACAUUAUUUUCGCCAUUGUAAAACUACUAUGUGCCUGAAAACUGUCAAGUUUCCAUUUUAUCUUCUAUCCUAUUCGCACUCGCAAAGCCAUGUUAGCCCUGUCCCUGUUACACAUUGAUUAGUGUCAAACGCAAGUUCAUACAUUUACUACCUACGUUUAUAGUGGCUUAUGUAAUCUCUCACUUAACAGUAAUAAAUGUGUAUAAAAAAUGCCUGAAAUGUGACGUUAUCUAUGAAAAGGGACCUUAUUGACGAUGGCGCUUACGCCAUUACUAACGAAUAACGAUGCUUGGAUAUAAAUACAAUACACGCACGCCACUGUGCGGCGUAAGCGCCAUCGACAAUAAGGUUCCUUUUCAUAGAUAAUGCCCCAUAUAUCUUAUUUUUCGAACUGGAUAUAAGAUGAAAUGAAAACGACGCCUUUUCGGUUGUACUGCAUAGUCAUUUGUAUGUAUGUAAAUAUGACUUUUUAUAUAUCUAGAACUGAGUAUAAACGUAUUGUAGUGUUUUAUAUUGCAAUUAAACGAGUACAAAAUAUAAAAUGCACCAAAA